AUGUCGGCCUCCCACCGCACUCUGCGUAUCCUGCGCCUGGCCUCUGGCAAGUCUGCCACUGCGAUGACGCGUGCUCUCCCUGCCGCCCAUCGCGUCUUUACCACCAGUUCUGUGGUCUCUAGGGCCAACACCGUGGAUGAUUCCAAGGUGCCCACCACGGUCUACACCACCGAGGGCAAGUUGCGAACCGCGAUCCCCGUCAGCCCCAAGGAGAGAGCUGGCCCUGCUGCCCCGCAGCCAAACGAGAUGGAGGACCUCACCACCCUCUCCGAUGAGAUUUACAAGAUGCUGCCUGCCACCCUCAAGGCACUGACCGUCAAGGGCAAGGUCAUCAUCAUCACUGGCGGUGCCCGAGGCCUGGGCAACUUCAUGGCCAGAGCCUGCGCUGAGGCCGGCGCCAAGGCGAUCGCCCUCUUUGACGCCAACCAAGAGCUGGGUGAUGCUUCUGCCGCAGAUCUGCACGACAAGACCGGACUCCCCGUCACAUUCUACAAGAUCGAUGUCCGCAACGAGGCGGCCAUCCAGGCAGCAGUGGAGUCUGUCAAGGGCUCCUACGGCACCCCUGAUGCCCUGAUCAAUGCGGCUGGGAUUGCUGAUAGCAACAUCCCCGCGGAGAUGUACGACGCCACCAUGUUUCGCCGCCUCAUCGACAUCAACCUCACUGGCUCGUUCCUCAUGUCUCAGGCCGUGGGGCGCGCUGCGAUUGCUGCGGGCAAGCCUGCCUCCAUUGUCCUCGUUGCCAGCAUGAGCGGCAGCAUCGUCAACUACCCCCAGGAGCAAUCCUGCUACAACGCGUCCAAGGCUGGUGUGAUCCAGCUUGGCCGCUCGCUUGCUGCUGAGUGGGCCAAAUACAACAUUCGUGUGAACUGCAUCUCCCCUGGCUACAUGGACACCGCCCUGAAUAAGGUGCCCGCGCUUGAUGCGCAGAAGAAGAUUUGGAAAGGCCUCACUCCACAGGAGCGCCUCGGCAACGUCGACGAGCUCAACGGCCUGUGUGUCUUCCUCGCCUCGGACGCCUCCAGCUUCAUGACUGGAGCCAACUGCGUCAUCGAUGGUGGAUACUCCCUCUACUAG